CUGGCGUGAAGAGCCCGCCCGCCCCUCGCGCCGCAGCCCGCCCUCCGCCUCGGUCAUGGUGCUGGCCCGCGGGCUGCUCGGCUACCGGACCCUAGCUACGCUGAGAGCCUCCUGCGCCCGUCGCGGCCUGGGUCCAGCCCUGCUGGGAAUCUUUCUCCAUCACACGGAUUUAAGGAAGAGCUUGACCGUGGAGCAGGGCACGAUGAAGGUUGAGUUACUGCCUGCUCUGACCGACAAUUACAUGUACCUGAUCAUCGAUGAUGACACCAAGGAGGCUGCCAUUGUGGACCCGGUGCAGCCCCAGAAGGUUGUAGAAAUGGUGAGGAAGCACGGUGUGAAGCUGACUACAGUGCUCACCACCCACCACCACUGGGACCACGCUGGCGGGAACGAGAAGCUGGUCAAGUUGGAGCCUGGGUUGAAGGUGUAUGGGGGUGAUGACCGGAUCGGAGCCCUGACUCACAGGGUCACACACCUGUCCACACUGCAGGUGGGGUCUCUCAACGUCAAGUGCCUGUCGACGCCAUGUCACACUUCCGGACACAUCUGCUACUUUGUGAGCAAACCCAACAGUCCCGAGCCCCCCGUGGUGUUCACAGGCGACACAUUGUUUGUGGCUGGCUGCGGGAAGUUCUACGAGGGGACAGCGGAUGAGAUGUACAAAGCCCUGCUCGAGGUCCUGGGCCGGCUCCCUCCAGACACGAGAGUGUUCUGUGGCCACGAAUACACCAUCAACAACCUCAAGUUUGCUCGCCACGUGGAGCCCAGCAACGCCGCCAUCCAGGAGAAACUGGCCUGGGCCAAGGAGAAGUACAGCAUCGGGGAGCCCACGGUGCCAUCCACCAUCGCAGAGGAGUUCACCUACAACCCAUUCAUGAGAGUGAGGGAGAAGACUGUGCAGCAGCACGCAGGUGAGAUGGACCCUGUGACCACCAUGAGGGCCAUCCGCAAAGAAAAGGACCAGUUCAAGGUGCCGCGGGACUGAGGUGGCCACGGGGCCUGGGUGUCCAAGGCUGCUGCUGUGGCCACCUUCAACCACAUCUGGGUAUUCAGGUGUGUUAGGUGAAUUUCUGGCUAGGAGUGCAAGAAAUUCAGUCUCAGUUUAAUUUUAAAUUAAUUUCAGAGCACUUUGCUUGUGUUAUCAAAUGUUCUAAUGCAUAUUUAUAAGAGAAGUUUAGAAAGUGUUUAUUCCCGGAA